AUGAUAAAGAUGACAGCGAAUCAGAAUCAAAUUUUAUAUGAUAAAUUGAGUGACUUGAUGAUAAGUACUCUAGAAUUCAUAGUCGGUGAAGACGAAUAUGCACACAGAAAAGUUGAUUCUUGGGAUGCAAGAAUUUCAGAGAGGUGUUUGGUUAACUUGGCUAAAUUAGGAAUGCCGUUUAAAUACAUAGUGACGUCGGUAAUCACUUCAAAAAAGGACGGCUAUGAAAAACUAAAUGUUUUUUCAACAUGUUUUUGGAAUAAUGACACAGAUUUUAAGUGUACUGUAAAAUGGGAAAAUAAGACUGUAAUGUGUAUUUUAUCUGUUUACGCAUUAGCUUUAAAUUAA